AUGGUGUCUUCAGUUACAGCGGCAACAGCAGCCUCCGCAUUGAAGAAGCCGAUUGCAGAGGAUGAUUUCGAGUCUCAACAGAAAACCAAUGCUGAAGUAUGUGUCGAUUAUUUAUCAUACAAAUUCGAUGAAAUGGAUUUAGCAGCUUCCUGGAGAGUGAUGACCAAGCAAAAGAAAGAUGUAGUCGAUGGUAUACGUUUAGAAAAUGCCUCAUGGAGAACCUGGGCCAAACAAAGAAACAACCUCAAAACUGUUAGUCCACAAACUCUGAACUGGUUGAAAGAUAGCGAUGUUACAUGGCUAUAUGGCCCUCUACACACAGUUAUCAGAGCAGAGGAAGAUCCAUUCCUGACACCUAGACAAGCAACAGCAGAGGAUACCCUUGGCUUGAUACUGCAAAGCAAGACUAAACAACAGAGCAAGAAGCCUUUAAAAUCGGCUCUAAAGAAAGUUACUACGGUUGAUCUUUUAAAACGUUCUGCUACUGAGUUGGCCAUCAAUACAACUAAAGAUAGUAGCAGGCACCGUCGCAAAAUUUCCAUCUCCCAAGUCAAUGACGAGCUUCGUGCUGUAUCACCUGUAAUUUUAGCCUCACAUCGUCAGCCUAGACUUCGAUUUAAUCAUCAGGUUGAACAAUGCAUCGCCUUGACAGAUGAAGAUGAAAGAGAACAUGAAGACAUUGAAGAAGAGCAUGAUGAUCUAGAUGAAGAUGAUGAGGACUUAAUAUUGAGGUCGCCCACCAUGGACCAUCAUGAUGACAGCAGCGAAGGAGAUGAGGAUACAGAUCAAAUCAUUACAUCUCACAUUACUUAUACUGAAGCUGCUGAUGGGAACGGAAUCGUCGGUCGUCGUCAAUUGUUCAUGCCACAGCGAAAGUCUAUCAAGAAGAUUGCUCCUGCGCGACUCAAAAAAUCACAAUCUGAUCAGGAUACAGACGAUGCUUCCAUCUCAUCCACGUCGACAACAUCCUCGGUGGGCUACAUUACCAGCAGAUCCCCUAUACCUUCAUCGCCUAUCGUGUACGAUAAUGAAGAAGAAGAAGACGACGACGACGACGAAAUGACGGAAAACCAUUCAAUUUCAGACUUUGAAGAGUACAAUUCGCAGCCCACAACGACGAUGGACUCAUUUUAUCAACGGCCCACGCCUGGGCAGUGUUUACGACAAGAAAGACCUUCAGCGCAGACGGUGAGAUCAUCUUCAUCCAAUUCAAUUACACAAACGUAUAGAGAAAAAACCAACGCUGCAGAGCCAGCCCUGGUAACCAUGCAUCAAACAGCUACUGACAUCAAUAACAGCCCGUCCAACAAAAAGGAAGAUAACAGCACAUUAUUUAAUCACAUUGCUACGUGGGCAGCAUCGUAUUUAUGGCCCAACAACACUAGAAGAUCGCCUACUCCCCAAGCAUCGGUUUCCACAUCGAUUCUCCCUUCUUCGACCACUGCUGCUUCCAGUCCGACAUCCACUGCUACUUCCGCGAUCCCAAUAGAAAGACAUUAUGUCCCUCCUACUUCAUUGAAUGCCUCUAGUUUCUAG